AGAGAGAGAGAGAGAGAGAGAUUGGGAUGAAGAUACAGUGCAACGCUUGUGAGGCUGCGGAGGCGAAGGUCCUAUGCUGCGCCGAUGAGGCCGCGCUGUGUUGGGAAUGCGAUGAGAAGGUACAUGCGGCCAACAAGCUCGCAGGGAAGCAUCAAAGAGUUCUGCUUCUCUCUGCUUCCUCCUCAAAUCCCUCAUAUAGGGUUCCCAAAUGCGAUAUUUGUCAGGGUUGCUCUGUCUGCAAACGGGGAGGCUGAACCUUUGUGCUCUUGUUUGUUCUCGGUUGACCGCCAAUUGCGUGCUAAUUUUUUUCCCUUUUUCUUACCGGCACUGUGCUGAGAUUUGUCGGUAUUAUAUUAGUUUGUUAGGGUUUUCAGAACCCCUCAUUGGGACGUUUUCUCCAGCAAAAGGAGAUUUGGAUAAGUGAUUGCUGUGUGGCUAAGUUUUUUACCUGCUUGCUGAAUCGAUCAGGUUAUGAAACAAUCAGGUUGAGGGUGUUUGUAGGUACCUUGGCGAGUUUGGGAUUAAUUCGUGAAUCUUGUUGGCACUGGGUGGAAAGAAUAGUGUUGA